AUGGCCAAUGUCGAGUCUACCCCCACAGAGACCCUAGAAUUCAAAUGGGGAAAAAAGCGAUCAAAAGGUGGCAAAAAACGGGACACACAGUUUUACGAAUCAUUCACCUUAGACGGCGAUGAUUACUCUCUCUUCGACACCGUUUAUCUUCAAAACGAUGCGCACCCCGAACCUCACAUUGGUAAAAUCAUCAAGAUAUGGGAAACUCCUACUCGUGAAAAGGCUAGGAAAGUUAAGGUUCACUGGUUCUUUCGUCCCCGCGAGAUCGCCAAGUUUUUGAUUGGGGUUCAGAUUUAUUACAAUGAAUUGUUCUUAGGUUCUGGUCAUGGUACGGGUCUUUGCAAUAUCAAUCCUCUGGAGUCUAUUGCAGGGAAAUGCAAUCUUGUUUGCAUUUCUAAGGACGCUAGGAAUCCACAACCAUCAGAGGAAGCAGUACAGAAUGCUGACUUUGUGUUUUAUCGCUACUUUGAUGUUGGGAAGCGUAAAGUAGUGGAGGAGAUAGAUGACAAGAUUCUUGGAGUUGAAGUUAAAAACCUAUUUAACAAAAUGGCAUAG